CCAAGAUCCUAUCCAAUAUAUCUCUAUCAAGAUCACACCUAAGCCACCAUACCAUGUCUGUUUUUAUCCCCCACCUCACCAAAACGGUCCAUACAACUGGGUACGCAGCCAUUGACCCAACCAACCCCAAGCUUUCUGCGUCUGGAAAGACGGUCAUUAUCUCAGGCGGCGCCAGCGGCAUUGGCUAUGCCAUCGCGCAAGGAUUCUGCGUCGCGGGCGCAGCGCGGGUGGUGAUUCUCGCCCGCCGCCAGGAGGCCUUGGAUGAGGCGGCGACGAAACUCAAGGCCGAGAAUUUGGCAGCCGGGCGUGCGACCGACGUCUGGACCUUCUUGCUGGACAUCCGGAGCACGUCCGCUACCAAUGCCGUGUUCAAGGCCAUCCGCGGGCUCUUGAACCAGACUCGGGACGAGACAGAGCCGAUGGGAGCCAACGUCAUGGAUGCCGACAUCCUAGUCACGAGCGCGGCCAGCCUGCUGCAGGGCAGGACGGCGCUCGAGUUUGAGGCCGAGGGCUACGCCGAGACCUUCGAGACCAACGUCGGCGGCAACCUGAACCUCGUGCGCGCCUUUCUCGGCCCCGAGAUCCCCAGCAUCCCGUACACCACCUUCGACGGCAUCUCCAAGGACACCUCGGCGAUUGCAGCACCGCCCACCCGGCAAAAGGUCAUCCUCGACGUGUCUUCUUCCGCGGCCUACCUGUGCCUGCCGGGCCAAGCGCCGUAUACGGCUUCCAAGCUGGCCUUCACGCAGAUCCUGCGGUCGCUGCAGGGCGAGGUGGACGGGAUCCCGGGCCAGCCGGUUCGCGUCCACUCCUUCAACCCAGGCAGCGUCUUCACCACGGGUGUUUCGAAGCUGUUGGACAAGGACAAGGGGGCAGCGUCGUUCCAGUGGGACGACGAGAGUUUGCCACGGGGAUUCGCUGUGUGGCUAGCUAGUCCCGAGGCGGCCUUUCUGAAGGGCCGGUUCGUCAUGUCGGGUUGGGAUGUUGAUGAGCUGGUGGCGCUGAAGGAGAAGUACGCUAAGGAUCCUAGCUUUGGGACCAUUACGCUUGCUAUGUAG